UAACGAGGUCGUUAAAAGAUCGUAAGGGCAAAACUACUUGAAAUGCUGAGUGAGUGAUGAGGAAGAUAUCAGUUUUUAUGUCAGCUAUCUUUUUCUUGUCGUCACGGGCAAGCAAAGACUUUGGAAGAAGAAGUUAUGAGAACACAACUAAAGUUCUCGACUCACUUUCGAAAACUCCUAAAUACGACAAGCGGAUACGGCCCUACCACGAAGGUCCACCUUUGAACAUUUCAGUUUACAUGACAGUCGUUUCGUUUGGUGCAAUAAAGGAAAUAAACAUGGAAUAUACCCUAGAUAUAUUUUUCAAGCAAGCUUGGAACGACCCACGAUUAAGGCAUGAUCUAAAGAAACCAAUUCUUCUUUCUGGAAGUGAAAAGGUCAAGUUCUGGCUUCCAGACACUUUCUUUCUGAAUGUAAAGACAGCCAAGUUUCACCAUGUUCCUGCUGCUAAUAGCAGAGUUGUGAUUAAACCGAACGGGGAUAUUGAACUCAGUGAGAGGCUUACAGUUUCUGCGUCAUGUAGGAUGAAUUUAAGAGAGUAUCCACUAGACACUCAGACGUGUGUUCUUGAAAUUUUAAGCUACUCAUAUGACAUUAAUGACAUGGAUUACCAUUGGGACGACGAGAAUGCAGUUAUAAUAUUGGACGAUGAAAUGUCAGAGUUCGAGCUGGCUAAUGCGCAAAGUGAGCGCAAGCUUGUGAAAUACGUCAUAGGUACUUACACCCAUUUGGUCGCAAAGUUUGUUUUCAAAAGAAGACUGGCAUAUUCGUUCAUUCAAAUCUAUUCUCCAACGUUCCUCAUCGUCGUUCUUUCUUGGUUGUCAUUCUGGAUUUCUAAAGACGCAGUUCCCGCGAGAAUUGCUCUUGGGAUUACCACAGUUUUGACCAUUGUUACACUCAUGGGUUCACUCAGAAAUUCUGUCCCUAAGGUUUCUUACAUCAAGGCAAUCGACUCAUAUCUCAUUGUCUCCUUCAUCUUCGUCUUUGGUGUCCUACUAGAAUACGUAGCAGUUCUAAUGCAUAGCGAAAGAAAACGAAUGAAGGCAAGGAAGAAACAAAAUUCAUCAUCAAAAGAUUAUGCAUUAGCGGAAAUGGAGAUAGAAAAUUUUAGUGCUAAUGCAGCUCCAAAUCAUACAAACACUCCCCUUGUAUCCCGCUCGAGGUCAGCACACAGCCUACCACCUCAGAGGUCACCGUCUUCGUAUAGUUUACCAGUGCGUCCAGUAUCGUCAUACAGUUUACCACCGAAAUCUGUCCUUCGAAGUUCUUACCCACGUCAGAACGUUCCUGGACCAGCUAUCCAACACAGUCCUUACACGACCAAUCCACCCAGAACAACGAUCAUACAAUGUAUCCCCAGCUUCUGCUUAGCUCUUGGGUCAAAUAGUGAGGUGGAUAUCUUUGACAGGAUUGCCCGAAUAAUUUUUCCUUUGAGUUUCUUUGUGUUCAACAUUGGUUAUUACUUCAGAUAUUCAAACUGAGAGUACUGAUAUAUAGUCUUGGAAACGAGAAGGAAUUUACGCAACAUCGGUUAGGAUACGAGAGUUUCGUUGUAGUCUUCGUUUGAAUUAUUUGAUUGCAAGUUAAGUAGAUAUAGAAAUUUUAAGAAGCAAGAUCUGUAACAUGAGAAACACUAACUAAAGGUUUUUCAUAACGGCCAAAUAAAGUGCGAUUUCCAU